AUGCGCGGGGGGAUCGCUAAAGCCUUGUACCAACGUGAUUUCGAAGAAAUUAAGUCAUUCUUUAAUUAUUCGAAAGAUCUAGUACGUUCAGAGGAAGCUCUUAGGACAAUUCUCCCGAAUGCCUCUGAGGAUGAUAUUAAAAAAUAUGAUGAACAACUUAAUAAGGUUGAUUAUCUUGAUCCCGUAAUUAUAAUUUCACCAAAUCAAAAUUGGAUACGUCAAAUUAUCAAAUGUGUGACUGAACUUUAUACUGUACGCAGAAACAUCCGCAGAUUAUAUCCCAAUGCGUUCUUCAACCCUGAUGCACAACCUCGACAAGAGCCAAUUGGCAAAGCUUGGUUACUUACUUAA